UUGAGUUUACUCGAAAAUGUCAACAAUCACACACUAGCUCGCAGUGGGCAACUGAGCGACGAAAGUUCAACUAAAUACCGGGGUUACAGAUGUGAUUGCUCAGAGUUACCUCGGAUAUGAGAAUGGAGGUCUGAAGCCCCCGUGUUACGGAAGCCCUAGAUGAGACUGUAAGCGCAAACAAGCAACAGGUGUUCUCGAGAGAAGAGGUGUUACCAAGGACAUCUGGACAAUCUUCCUCCUGACCCUUCCUUGCUCCCUCUCUUCUCCUCUUUUCUUUUGUCUUGUAUUCUCUUGUCUCCUUCCCUUUUUUCCCCUUUUCUUUUUUUCUUUGCUUGUUUUACUUUCUUCCACCAUCCACUUCCCCACUCCUCGUCAUGUCAACAGUCGUCCUGCAGCGCCUGAGCACGCUGUCCCUGACCGUGAAGCAGCUGGGCAGCCUGCCGCGCCUCUCCACCUCCCUCCCGGCCGCCCUCCCCGCCCUCCCCGCCCCCAAACCCACGGUGGCGGCCGCCGACGUCCCCAGCCUGUUCCGCGAGCCCUACAUCCUGUCCGGCUACAGGCCCACGGGCCAGUCCUGGAGGUGCUACCUGCUGAGCGUCUUCCAGUGGCACAACGAGUCGCUGAACGUCUGGACGCACCUGCUGGCCGCGCCUGUGCUGCUGCUGCGCUGCUGGGCUCUGCUGCUGGCCGUGUCCGGUGGCGACGUCGGCGAUGCCAGCGGUGGCGGCGUUGGCGACGGCGGGCACCCGCUGCGGCUGGACCUCUCGGCGCUGCCCCUGGCGCUGUACGUGCUCUCGUCGCUGACGUACCUGGCGUGCAGCGUGGCGGCGCACCUGCUGCAGUCGCGCUCCGAGCUGGCCCACUACUCGCUCUUCUUCCUGGACUACGUGGGCGUGGCCGUCUACCAGUACGGCUGCGCCCUGGGCCACUUCUUCUACUGCGCCGAGGCGGCCUGGCGCCGCACGGCGGGCCUCGGCGCCCUCUUCCUGCCCGGCGCCGCCCUGCUGGCGUGGCUCUCCUGCGCCUGCUGCUGCUUCGCCAAGGCCCACUACCGCCGGCCGUACCCGCUGCGCCGCAAGGUGUGCCAGCUCAUCCCCACCUCCCUGGCGUACUUCCUGGACAUCAGCCCCGUGGUGCACCGGCUGGCGACGGGCGACUGGGAGCGGGACGCGGCGCUGCCGUUCCACGCCGCACAGGUGGCCUUCUUCCUGAUGGCCGCCUUCUUCUUCUCCUACCCGUUCCCGGAGUGCUUCCUGCCGGGCCGCUGCGACAUCGUCGGCCACGCCCACCAGGUGUUCCACCUCUUCCUGUCGAUGUGCACCGUGUGCCAGCUGGAGGCGCUCUUCAGGGACUUUGUGGCGCGGCGGGAAGCCAUCCUGGAGGUCCACGGGGAAGGGCUCGUCGUGGGAGCGAGUGUCUCCUUCUUCCUCCUGGCGCUGUGCUGCUUGGCCACGGCAGGCUGGAUGCACAGGACUGUUGAAAAGCAGCUGAAAAACAAAUAGCCGUACGACCUCUCGCCAUCUUUCUUCUUUUUUUUUGUUUAGACUAAAUCUCAAUUUGCUUUGAGUGAAGAUGGGUAGAUACCACUGACUUAAGAGUUGUAUUGAAACAUAUCAAUAUUUAUGAAAUAUUCAUAUGAUUAUUUAUAAAUAAAUGGAUGUAAUAUAACAUGAAGUAUGCACAUUACGGUUGUCAUAUGAACGAUUAACUUGGUCUUUUACAGACCACUUUGCCAUAUGUGCACUUGCAAAUCAAAACUGUUCCAGUGCUGUUAUCAGUUAGAGCUCUAAUGCUGCACAUGCAAGAGGAUUGACUUUAUUUGGGUUCUGUUGUGUGUUGGCUGUAUCAUCUUAGCAUGUCAGCCCCUCAAAAAAAGGUCAGCAUUUGUGAGUUUACAGUGGCAACCCUGGUGGGUGGUGUGUUCGUUCCAUUGUGCUUUAAUCUAUAGCUCAGACAACAUUCCUCCUGGAACCACCGGCUGCUCUGGCCUACUUGAAAGCCAGCUUUGGAGUCUCGUCAGCCGCCGUGCCUAAAAAGAUUGAAUGGAGGAGUAAAGCUGGAUUAGUUUUUUUUUUUUUUUUUGGCCCGAGUGAAACCUCACUCACUAAUAGAGAGAGGGUGGUAGGAGAGGGGGUUUGAACGACAUCUGUUUUUAUUAUUUUUUGCUGAUGUGUCUUUUUUUCUCUCUCUUUUAGCCAGAAGCGAAUUGGUUAAUGACAAAUCUGAUUGGGCAAUCUGUUUCUGAUCUAAUUAGAAAGUACCUUUGUCUUAAUGCAAGUGCAUAUGAAGGCUAUAUGCUGCUAGCAACUAACUCUGAAGGCUAUUCCUCUAGCAAGAGUUUUUUGUGAAGCUUGUCGUACAGGCGACAUGUACUGUUUACACAUGUGAAGUUGUUGAAACAUGAUUUAACAGCUAUUCUAAUUUCACUCAAUACAGAACAGAGAAAGCUGUUGAGUACCUUGUUAUGCAAACCUAUUGUAAGCAGUGUUUUAGAAGGCUUGUAUUUUGGCAAAGUUGUUGGCAGGGAUAAACAGCCAAAAAUCCAGAGUUAAGUCAAGGAUAUGUUUUACAUUUUGUGAUUAAUUCCUCCAGGGUCCAGAACAACAUCACAGAACUUUAACAUUGUUUACUACAUUGACCAUAGAACACAACCUAUCCAGAAAGACUCCAAGUAUGAUGUUAUGUCGUGUUGCACAUACUGUAUGUUGCCUGAUAUCACCAAAUAUUUAAAGAACAUAAGAGUCAAGGAUCAUAAUAAUUUAUUUUUUUAGUGAUACAUGUAGAGCAUUGUCUAUAAUGUUCCUUCUCUAUAUUUGCUCACAGUACCAUGAAUCUGGUCUUGCUUACCUCUCAUGUUUAUCAACAACAAGGCCACAUUGUACUGCCUGUACUGAAGCUACAUUCACCUUUAUAAAACAGGCCAGGAUGAGGUCAUUUCACACACACACACACACACACACACACACACACACACACUCUCUCUCUCUCUCUCUCUCUCUCUCUCUCUCUCUCUCUCUCUCUCUCGUCCAGGCUUGGUGUUAUGUCGAUUAAUAUCAAUACAUUUGAGAACUGUGUACUGCAGACGCAUACUGUGUAACCUCUGAAUCAUUACCUCAGCAAUCUUGUUAAAGCAGACCAACACUUUUGUAUUGUGGCUUUAAUGUAUUUUGAAUUCAGGAUUAUUAUACAGACUGAUUGUAACUGGGCCUAGCUAUAUAUAUAUAAAAAAAACAUGACUUGAAAUGUCUGUGGGUUGUGACAUUGUAUCACUUUUUUGUCUUUGAUCACAUAUCAUAUGCAAUAAAAAAUAUUAUGUAUUAAA